AUCAAGGCAGCUAAAGAGAGUAGGUAGAGUAUCCUUAUCAUUGGAUUUCAGAGGCAGGUAGAAGAGAGCUUUAUGUUUCCUUACAAUAAUUAUUCACAGGUAUUUAAACUUUUUGAAUACAAUCGAGAAAAACUGAUCUCAUCUUUUAUUUUAAGAUCUUAUGCCGUCUUUUAGUAAAUAAUACUAACGGCAAAGAUAACUGUGGAUCUGCUCAUGGCCUGGUUUCAGAAAAUAACAGCAUCACACAAAGGGGGCGGAGCAAUGUGUUUGUGGGUGGAGCUACCAUGUUUGUUGAGGGAAUAGCAGACAGUUUACUUCACAAACCUUGGGGUUCAAGUCAAGUUUAAGUUCCAGUUUACUGUACAAUUCAUUUUUAUUUCUGUAAUAAGGAAAUAACAGAUAAGAAUGACCAGUUUCAGCUGUAAUAAAGCUAAACCGUCAAACUAAAUUCAUUUUUUUAUUGCUUUCAGUCAACAUGUGAGAGCAGGAGGUUUAAUACAAUCUAGGUGUACCAUCAUUUGAGCUUUGGUGCAAUUCAAGCAUGUCUGCCGUCGCCAGUCUCAUUAAAGGUAUGCAGGCUGCCUCUUGCGGCCAUUCUCUGUAGAGUCUCAGAGCCCACUAGCCAGUGCUCCCCUACAAAACACUUACACGCAGGCACCCCAGUCCUCUCAGUUAAACUUUGGAGCAGAACCCAUCAUUCUGGCUUCAAGCACCUCUUCACACAGCUUGUAGUUUUUAUCAAAGGCCUUGGCUGGUACUUCCUAGUAGGGCUGGCAGAUGAAAUACAAAAUGUGUGGCCUGGCACUUGGGCUGGGGUGCUUAUAAGAGUUCAUCACAGAAGUAUUCUGCACAGCACUUCUCAGUCCGAGACGAGGGCACUCCAGCUUACUUAUUAGCAGCUCCAUUACAAGAAGAAUGGCACCAGAGUGUGUAAAUCUUAAAUGCAGGACUGAAAGGAGUCAUUAAAAGAAAGAAAGAGAGCGAGAGAAAGAGUAGAGCAAGAAAGAAAUGACUUGGGUGGGAGGGUGAUGGGGGGUUUCCAAGGGGAUUCAUGCAGGAAUGACUGACAUCACAUUCAGAAACCUUUAAAUUUCACAGAAAAACUGGAAAUGAGCAGAAUCUGACCAGUCCUGAAUCCAUACAGGACAGAAAAAAAAGCGAUAAACUGGAAAGAUUAAAACGCUCCCGCAAGUGCAGAGAAGCCAGAUUGUUUGAAACUAAUUUUUGAUUUUUUUGUUUUUAUACUCCUUUUGACGACAUCUAUGAUGAACAUGUUCUCACCUUCUUCAUCACUCAUCAUUAUUGUUCUGCCCAUGUUCGCUGUUUUUAUUCAAGGGAGGCCAGCGGCUCAUCGCAGACAACAUGAGACCCUAAUUGACCUGUUUGGUAAGGAGUUGGGUGGUUUGCUGGCAGACAUGGAGGUCGUGGAGGGUUCUUCAGGCGAAGAUGCAAGCCUUCCUCUCAGACAUUCGUCCUUUCUCCCUAGAAAGAGGGGCAUGCGUGACGCCAUGGAUACAGAGGCCGUGACUGGUAACCGAGCAUGGCUUCGCCUCUUCAAGGACUUCAUGAGCAGCCAGAAGAUGUUUCGUGGGCGAACGAAAAAGACUCAGGGUCGUGGCUGCUUUGGGAUGAAAUUGGACCGCAUCAGCUCCAUGAGUGGCCUGGGCUGCUAGUUGCGAUGUGACAAACCCCUUCUUGGGAGGUUACAACAUGGACGACAGGCUUCCAGUCAGAACUGAUUUGGAUCCACAGCCUGAAUUUUAGUGACAAUAUUUGAUCCCAUACCUUCUCUCAUUCACCCUACCUGUGCUGUGUCUUCAUUCCCUCAGGUAGAUCUGCCAUCCUGCCUCCUGCUCUUAAACACAGCUGGUUGAUGACUUUUUGUGUAUAUCACUCUGUAGGACAUUUUCUUUUUGGUACUUUUUUUGGGUAUUUGUAUUUGGUGGGUAAGGCUUGUGGCUGUUUUGGCUUUGCAGUAUAUUGUUUCUACUCCAUUACUUCCUUAGUCUGUUAAAAUGCACACAUUACCCAAUUUCUUGUGUCACUUUCACAAGAUGCACUUAUUUAAAGACAGUCAACACAGAACUUACUUUGGCCAGUUCUUCUUGUGUUUUAUCUCAAUAAUAGUAGUUUCAUUUGAACAUUUAUAUUUAGGUAUACAAUAAAGGUGUGGAUCUGGGUGGGUGGCAGAAGCAGUUAGCUAUGCAGUAGUGAGGUCAAGGCUCUGGGUAUGUCCCACUCCAGCUGGGGAGCACGGGGUGUGCAGAAAGGCCAUCACAGUAUGGAGAGCUGUCAACAUCAACACUGCAUGACAUCAUAAUUCAUUU